CUCACCUCUUCACCAUAAACCUCAAAAUUCCCCUCUCUCUUUCUCCUACUUCAUUUUCCGAUCACUUUCUCUCUCCUAGGGUUCCGAUCACAGUUAUUUUUCCGUCGAAAAAAUGAGUGGCAAAGAAAGCGGCGCAACUACUAAAGGAGGACGAGGAAAACCUAAAGCAACGAAAUCGGUUUCUAAGUCUUCAAAAGCUGGUCUUCAGUUUCCCGUCGGUAGAAUUACAAGGUUUUUGAAGGCCGGAAAGUAUGCUGAGCGUGUCGGUGCUGGUGCGCCGGUUUAUCUCGCCGCAGUUCUCGAAUACCUCGCUGCUGAGGUGUUGGAGUUGGCUGGAAAUGCAGCAAGAGACAACAAAAAGAACAGAAUAGUACCGCGUCACAUUCAAUUAGCAGUAAGGAACGAUGAAGAGUUAAGCAAGCUAUUAGGGCAAGUUACAAUCGCAAACGGCGGCGUUUUGCCAAACAUUCACCAGACUCUUCUGCCUAAAAAAGCUGGUGGUAGCAAAGGAGAUAUUGGUUCUGCUUCUCAAGAGUUCUAGGUUUUUUCAUAUGUACUUAAAAAAAAGGAUUUUAAAGUAGUAAUUUAGUUUUAUCUUUUCUUUUGGGCUUUUUGAUUCGGGUUUUGGGCUAGGGUUCGGGCUCUUAUACCCGUCUUUAUUCUAAAUAUAGCUACAAGGAGGUUACAAUGUCUGUGUAAUGUAUUGGUGGUAGUGAAAUUUUGAUCUUCGAAUUUGCUGUUUUCUAAUGGAAAAUUUUGUGAAUUA